UUGCUAUAACAACGAUGUUACAAACACCCUGCAGCAAACGAAACUUCAUGUUCACAAAGUAAACAUUAUUUUGUGCAUUAUUCAUUUAUUUCAAAAAACUAGAAGUAAUGAAAUUAAAAAUUGCACUGGCUAAAAGCCCGUCGCAUUCGGCCGCUGUGACUUGCGUCGGCUGGAGCAGCACGGAGGAGGUCUACUCCAUAGGCGACGACAACCAACUGCUUUCAUGGUCGGUGUCCAACAAUCAGUCGAAGAAAGUGGCCCAGCUGGGCAAGGACCUGUUCGCCAUCGACAUGCAGUUCCUGCCCAGGACCAGCGGCACCUUGAGCAAGCACGGAGAUUUGAUACUGGUAACCUCAGCCGAUGGGAAAUUCCACAUAAUGAACCGCUCGGGCAGAAUCGAGCGCAGCGUGGAGGCCCAUAAAGGGGCGAUCUUAGUGGGGCAAUGGGGCAACGACGGGGCAGGGCUGCUGACUGCAGGAGAAGACGGCUGCAUCAAGAUCUGGUCUCGGAGCGGAAUGUUACGAUCUAUUGUCGUCUCCAGCGAUAAUUCAGUUUACGGGGCCUCUUGGGCCCCCGACAGUCAAAGCAUCGCGUACACUCAGGGCAAAUUCAUCGUGAUAAAACAGCUAGCACCGAACACUAAACCUUUACGGUGGAAAGCUCAUGAAGAAUUAGUGCUGUGUUUAGCAUGGAGUCCGGCUUCGGAACUUAUAGUUUCCGGGGGCGAGGACUGCCAAUACAAAGUCUGGGAUGGACAAGGACGGCAGUUGUUCUACAGCGGCCCGCACGACAAUCACAUUACCUCGAUUGCUUGGGCCCCAAAUGGGGAUCUUUUCGCAGUCGGGUCCUAUAAUACGGUCCGGCUGUGCGACUACUCCGGGUGGUCAAGAUCUCUCGAAAAACCAACCACGGGCUGCGUUUACAAAAUGGCAUGGUCUGGAGAUGGUACUCAACUAGCGGGUGCUUGUGCUAAUGGUCACGUCUUCUUCGCACACAUAGUGGAAAGACACGUUCAUUACAAAAAUUUCACUGCUUCAGUAACCGAACGUAAAGUCGUGACGGUUAGAAAUGUUGUGGACGAUACUUUCGAACAACUCGAAUUACCAGAAAGAGUAAUACAAUUGGCUCUAAAAUACACGCAUUUGGUUGCAACAACGCCCACACAAUGUUACAUUUAUAGCACCAAUAACUGGAAUACACCAGCAAUUUUUGACUUGAAGGACGGUUCUGUAAUUUUAUUACUACUAGCCGAAAAACACAUGUUACUGGUUGAAAAAAACACCAUCGGCAUCUACAAUUAUCAAGGGAGACUUAUUGCUUCGCCCAGAUGGCCCAACAUGAGAUUAGACUCUUUAAGAGCUACUCAUAUUAGCUUAUCGUCCGAUACUUUAGUCGUACGAGACUCUAUAGACCAUAAAAUCGUGCAUGUAAUUGACUUAAGCAGUGUGAGAAGUACCACAGAAUCCACUUCAACGGUUCAACACUUUCUGCCCAUUUUACAAGUCGCUCUUGACCAGUGGGGACCACCAAGUGCCCGAAUGUUAGCACUGGUGAACAAAACUAAAGACCUAUACGUCGUUGCACCAAGAAGUAAUAAUAAAAUAUUCCAUAAACUAGGUAGGAAAACAGAGUCGUUUCAGUGGAAUUCAGAAGCAAACAUCAUUGCAACGAUUCAAGAUGCACAGUUGGUUGUUUGGUAUUGUCCGACUGCUGCUUUUAAUUCAACUCUUCUGAAAUUAUGUUCAAUGCAAUACGGCGCUCCAGAGCUGGGACGUAAUCCGAGAAUAAGUGAUUUCGUGGGGAAUUCGGUGUCAAUUCGGAGAGCUGAUGGUUCUUUAAUCAACGUCCCGAUUUCUCCAUUCCCUUCAAUACUUCAUAGAUGUAUUCAAGACAACAAAUGGAGCGACGCUUUAAAUCUAUGUAGAUCAACAAACGACGAGACUUUGUGGGCAUGUCUUGCAGUUUUGACGACUCAGUCCAGUGCCGAUGUUAUCGACAUAGCGGAGGAAGCUUUCGCCAAUAUUAAUCAUUUUGAUAAAGUGUUUUACAUCCAAUAUGCAAAGAGUUUGACGAACAAAAUUCAACAAAAAGCCGCAAUUGCCCUCCUUGGUGGGGCGCAGCAAGAAGCUGAGGCAAUUCUUUUGCACAAUGGGAUGGUGUUUCAAGCCAUUUACAGCAACAUUCAAAUGCACAACUGGAGGCGGGCUCUGGAUUUGGCAAUUAAACACAAAACGCAUAUUGACACAGUGUUGUUCUUAAGGCAAAAGUAUUUAGACUCGUUGGGAAAACCCGAAAGUGAUAACAAAUUUUCGUCAAUGAAUGAAACUAUACAAAUAGAUGCGGAGAAAGUGCAACAAAAAAUUUCAGCCGAACUGCAAAAGUAAAUAUCACAUUGGGUUUUUGUUGUUAAAAUAAUAAAACGAUUAGUUCAUU